GGACUCAGAGCACUCACAGCUUAGGAGAGGAUGGCUGUAAAGCGAUGAUUCCACCCGGGAGUAAUUACUUAUGAAAGAAACCUUUAAAAAAGACAGCUCUGACCAUGAGAACCCCCUCCAUAUGAUGACCACAUCCCCCCUCCUGAGCUUCAGGAUGAACUCCUCUGUCCUGCCUGGUGCUCUGUCCAACAGCAGCUCCACAUCCCUUCGACCCCCAGGUUUAGGAAUGUCCUUUUUUACCAUGACCUUUGGAGUCAUUUCCAAUCUCACCGCACUGGCAAUCCUGUUCAAAUCUCGUGUCCGGUUUCGCCGCCAAUCUAAAACACCAUUCUUGAUAUUAACAGUCGCCUUACUAAUUGCUGAUCUUGGAGGUCAUUUGAUCCCAGGAUCCUUUGCAAUGUCACUACAUAUCAACAACAUGUAUCAACCAAAACCAGAAAUGCCCAAUGAGACUUUAUGUCAGAUUUUUGGGGCCAGUAUGGUGUUUUUUGGCCUGGCUUCAUUGCUGCUGGGUUGUGGAAUGGCAGUGGAACGUGUUGUUGCGAUUUGCUUCCCAUUUUUCCAUGCUGCCACUAUCACUAAAGGUCACGCGCGAAGACUUGUCCUAUCAUUGUAUUUUCUUGCACUUUCAAUUGCUAUUUUGCCUUUAUUUAUUGGAAGGUACAUCGCUCAACACCCAGGAACUUGGUGUUUUUUACCAAUUCAAUUCCCUCAUUCGAGACGGGAUAGAAGCAUGGCAUUGGUCUUUUCAUGUCUUGGGAUUACAGCUCUCACAUUUUCACUUCUCUGCAACAUCCUGAGUGGUUUGGUAUUGCUGCGGGCCAGGAGGAAAGCCCAAUAUGUGAACACAAAGUCAGAUAGUACUUGUGCAAGACGACCUUCAACGGCCUCGUCAACUUCUGUAUUUUGUUCUCUGGAUGUUGAGAUGAUGGUGCAACUGGCAGUACUUACAGUGAUGUCCUGUGUGUGCUGGGGUCCAUUCCUGGUUCAUAUUUUGGUGCUGCAGUCCAAUCAGAGCUCAGUAGGUUUACCUGAGGGCCCUGACAGGUUUCUUCUGCUGGGAUUACGCAUGGCCUCCUGGAACCAAAUCCUGGAACCGUGGGUUUACAUCCUGCUGAGGAGAACCGUACUGUUCAAAAUCUGUAGACGAACACUCAAUAACUUUAACUACUCACGGAGGGAGACGUUUGUAUUGCAAUAAACAU